UCAUUGCUGGCAGGUGCUGGGUUUCCAGUAGAUUGUACGCCACAAAUUCAAAAUAGUCAGUCUGAGCGCAAAAUGGCUACAACUUGUUAUAAUAGGUUUCAGUCAGAAACAACAUCGAUUAUGGCCGUUGUCGUUGACACGGCAAUGACAGAAAUUAACCGAUUUCUGCCCACCGUGCCAAACUCUUACCCUAACGUUAGCAAUCCGGAGAGAGAGCUGUGCACAAUUAUGAAUCUUGUGACAGGGGAGGCUAUUAGGAAAAUCUGCCAACUAUUCCUAGUGGUCUCCUCAAGUUUACAAAAUGAGAACGAUGAACUGAAGACCAAGGUGGAGCAGAUGGAUGAAGAUAUGAAAACCAAGGUGGAGCAGAUGGAUGAAGUUCUGAAAACCAAGGUGGAGCAGAUGGAUGAAGAUAUGAAGGAAUUAACUGAGAAGGCUGAACAUUAUAGAGCAUCACUGGCUAAAAUGCAGGCACAAGCAGAACUGAAAGGACCCACGCAUAUUCUGCUCAAUGGAAUGAUUUUUGCAAUUCCACCAGUUGGUCUCCCAAUGUUGUCUGGAAUGACAGAAGCUUCAACGUUGCCAGGGAAUGUCAGUCAAGCAAACCCGGUCACUAACGCAAUGUCAGUCUCUGCAGGUCCUGCAAAGGUUUGCAGUAAACCCACAGAAACUUCUUCGUUGGAGUGUGACUCCUCUCUGGGAGACACACAUGGACUGAAUACAGACCCUUCACCAAGAGACACUGAAUCCAACGUUGAGGAUAUGAGAGCUGCUCUGCCAGAGAGCAACAAGAGAGACAGCCAUGAAAGCCAGAAAAACAGCAAUACUAAAGGGACACGAUCCAAAGAAACCAAACGCUUCAAGUGUGAUAUUUGUGAGAAGAAUUUCAGCCGGAACAACCUACUGGUACAACACAAGCUAACUCACACAAGACCCUUCAAGUGUGAUGUUUGUGAAAAGACCUUCAGCAGGAAGGGGUCACUGGAAGCUCACAAGCUAAGUAAACCAAGACCCUUCAAGUGUGACGUUUGUGAGAAGAACUUCUGUCUGAACCGCUUGCUGGUACGUCACAAGCUAAUUCACACAGGAGAGAGGCCAUUCGCUUGUGGUCAAUGUGGCAAAACAUUCAGAAUGUCUAAGCAGCUCGAACAUCACAUGUUGCGUCACAGAGAAAAAACGCUCAGUUGCAAAGUCUGUGGAAAUACAUUCUCAACCAAAAAAGAUCUGAAACGACAUCAGCUUGUUCAUGCAGUGGAGAGACCGUUCAAGUGCCUGACUUGUGACAAGGGUUUCACAUCAAGGAAACUGCUUAUCGAGCACGAGAGAAUCCACACUGGUGAAAAACCAUACAGCUGUGCUGUAUGUGGAAAGAGUUACAGACAGCAUGGUGGCCUUAGUAUUCAUAUGCGACGACAUACAGGUGUACGGCCGCACUCAUGUUCAGAGUGUGGUAAGGGUUUUAUGACAAGCAGCAGCCUCAAAAACCACAUGGUUGUUCAUACAGGGGAGAAGGCAUUUACAUGUGAGACAUGUGGAGCUGCUUUCGGCCAUAAAGGAAACCUUGUGAGACACCAAGUGCUUCACACAGGGGAGAGACCGUACAAAUGUAAAGUGUGUGGGAAAAGCUACCUUCAGUCCACCGACCUAAAAGCUCACAUGCACCGUCAUGGGGCAACCAAACCAUUUAUGUGUGACCUAUGUGGAAAGACUUUUAUGUACAAUUUUCAAGUGAGACGGCACCAUCUAAAAUGGCACGCAGCUGAAGGAGAGAAGCAGAAAGAACGAGAGAGAAAAGAGAGAGCGAGAACCGCCAGGAGACCGAGAACCUCAACAAAGCCAUUCAGUUGCGACAUAUGUUUGAACGGCUUCAGCUCCAUGCUAACUCUGAAAAACCAUCAACAAGUUCACACAGGACAAAAGCAAUACUCUUGUUCUGUUUGCGGAAAGACCUUUGCCUAUAAACAUACUUUUGACUAUCACAUGAGACUUCACAGUGGAGUGAAGCCCUACGCUUGUAAAUACUGUGAAAAGAAAUUUGUUCUUAGGCAAGCUCUAGAAGGACAUGAGCGAACCCAUACAGGUGAAAAGCCCUUCAAAUGCAGUUAUUGUGACAAGACUUUUGCAGUCAACACCAAUCUCAAAAGGCAUGAGCGAGUCCACACGGGAGAGAAGCCAUUCAAAUGUGACGUCUGCGGGAGAGGUUUCAGCCAAGCCAACAAUGUCAAAGCCCACAUGCAGGUCCACACCGGAGUUAGGCCUUAUUAUUGCAAGAGAUGUGGAAAGGGCUUUUCUGACGUAAGACACUACAAAAACCAUAGCUGUAAUGGUGUGGCAGCAACACGUGAUCGGUCUCGUAAAUCUUCAGACCGCUCUUUCAGAAAUAAGAAAGGAGAUGAAGACAGUAGUGCUUGCCUUAAUGCUGCUGUGAUGUAGACUCAGUGAUAUAAUCUCAAUCAUUCACAGUGGGGCAACUUCCUGCUUUCAGACAUCACGAACAACAUGGAUGUAUUCAGUAGGGUGAAAAGUUCUCGGGUGAGUUUCUGGAAAGCCUUUUAGAAAAUUAGAAAACGUAGAAAAAGUUUAGGAAAUUAGAUGAGUGCCUGCUGUAAUGCUUGGAGAUAUUGCUAUAAGUUUUGGUCAUUGUUCAUUUGCCCAAAUUCUCAUGGACAUGUUUAUUUCUGACUGUGCUGAAUCAUUUACAAUGUUUUCUUUCUUUCUAUUGUGUAAAUCAUUAAACACCUAAUUCAUGUGUAAA